AUGACCUCAUUAUUUAACGGUGAACAAGAAGAAAAUUUAUUUGUUCACAAUGAACAGCCAUCGACAAAUCUUCAACAAACUGAGAAUUUUGAUGGUAUUAAAUCAAUUCAACCUAUUCACUCAGCUUCAUCAAUAACAUCAACACCGAUACUAAAUCAACAACGGCAACCAUAUCGAUCUUCAUCAUUUCAAUUAUCAUCUCAGCAAACACGAUAUACUAAUUCGAAUGAUAGUGAAAAUCGUUUUAUUGUUUGGCAAAAAGAAUAUGAUAGAAAGAUUGAACAAAUGAAUGAAAUAAAAACUACUGAAUUAAAUAAAUUAAAAUUUUACUAUGAAACAAGAUUACAUGAAUUAGAAGAUAAUAAUAAACAUUUAGAAAUUAUUUCAGGUCAGAUAAAUGAAGAAAAUAAACGUUUAAAAAUUGAAAUUGAACAUGAACAAGAACAAAAUAAAAUCGAACAAAAAUCAUUACAACAACAUUUAAAAGAAUUUAAAAAUACUUUAGAAAGAAAAAUUCACGAAAUAAAAUUUAUUCAUGAAAAUGAUAAACAAGAAAUUAAACAACAACAUUCAAGAAUAUAUCAAGAUUUAUUAGAUGAAACAAAUCAACGUUUAAAAAAAAUGGAAAAUAAUUAUAAAUAUGAACAAUUAUCAAAUGAAUCAGUUAUUGAUGAAAUGGAAAAACGAAUGGUAGAUUUACGUUCAAAUUUUGAACAUCUUCAACAAUUGAAACAGAAACUUGAAGAUGAUAAAAUUCAAUUAAUUAAAACUAAUGAACAAUUACAAUUACAGGUAUUUUGA